AUGAUUGAUCGGGUGGUUACAAACCAAACUUGGCUUAACAAUUAUACAAAGGCAGAGGUGCACUUCCCUCUUAAAGGAAAAUUUGAUCACACCCUUGUUGUUCUUACUAUCUCCAUGACCUGGUUGGAGGGAAAACUCUUUAGAUGCUUCAGAAUGUGGCAAAGCUUCCCUAAUUUCAAUGAGAACCUCAAGAAUGCUUGGAACACUCCAAAGCAUGGAACCCCUAUGUACAUUGUAGCUGAAAAAACGAAGAGCCUUAAAAGUAUUAUAAAUGAGAUCAAUCAACAAGUUUUCAAAAACAUUCAUGUUGCUGACUUUGAAGCCAGGAAGUAUCUUGAGAACUGUCAAGACGACUUAAAGAAAGAUCCUCUUAAUCAUCUGUUAAUUGCAAAUGAACUCCAAGCAAGGACCAUAGCUAUUGGCAGACACAAAGCGCAUAAUGAAUUCAUUUCUCAUAAAGACAAUCAAGAUUGGAUAACAGAUGAGGAUGUUAACACUACCUUGUUCCGUACCAGUAUCAGAAAGAGAAACAACAUCAACAUAAUCUGUUCAAUAACCAGCAGCAAGGGUGAUUCGAUCAGCAAUCCCACUGAAGUUAUCCAAGAGUUUAUCUCCUUAUAUAAGAACCUUUUAGGGACCUCCAUGGAUAAUAAUAUAAAGGUUAAAGUGAGUGUGUUGGAGCAUGGGAACAAAGUGUCUCAGGAUCAACAGGAUUACCUUACCAGACCCUACAUGGCAGAUGAGGUGAAGCAAGUUGUUUUUAGCAUCUCUGGGGAAAAAUCCCUAGGACCAGAUGGCUACAACAGCUACUUUUUGCAGGACAACUAG